AUGACUACAACCGCCAUCCCUCCGCAAGGAGAUGUCAAAACCGCUCCCACAGUUAAUGGCAGUGUCACUCUGCCUACCAGGCCCCCUCAGAAAUCCAUUUCGCAAGACUCGGUACCACCCCCGGGCCAGCUGCUGACCGGGAAGCAAGAACAUUAUCUCAAGCGAGAACUGGUCUCCAGUCAAGUCAGUGGAGAGAUUCAAGAGUUGAACAGUCCCACCGCCCUCCAACGUUUCGGGGCCCCUUUCCGCUCAGAAUAUGGCGAAGUCUCCCCCAUGGACUCUGAGCUACCAAUCCUGCGAUAUAUAUUCGUCAAUCAUGUGCGGAAUUUCCCCUUCCUCAACCAGGCACAGGAGAAGGAGUUUUGGCAAGAUAAACUACAAGUCUUUCUCGAGUCGUUCGCGAGUAAAUACAUUUCCUCCUCAGAAGACCGAUUGGAAGAGACCAAACGAAGAAAGCUCGCAAAGAAAUGUGAGAAACUUGUCGAGCUGAUGAUGGUGUCUGGUAUCCCCACAGCAUCUGGCUAUGAGGAGAGGAUACGAUUUGCCGAGAUGGAAAUGGUCGAUGCAGGCCCCAACGAACAAGGUCUUGUAGUGAAUAUACCCGAGGGCAAUUACAUCAACGGCUGGGAUGUCAAUGUUGCUGGUGUAAGAACCACAUCAAUAAAGAGGACCGUUCGGUAUCAUCAACAUGCAGAAUUCUUAAUUCGCGUCAAGCGACCAGACCAGCCCGAGGUGUACGUGGGUAGGAGAUAUAGCGAGUUCACCAGGUUACAUAAGAGGUUGCGCACUGAGAUGCCAGGCAAAGUUCUCCCGCCACUCCCAAGAAAGAACAAGUCUCAUACGACCACACUGAUUGGUGGUGGAGGAGGAGAUGAUGAUGCAUCAUCGGUAUCGUCAGUAUCAACUCAAGCGAGCUUAGACGAUGCAAGUUCUUCGAGAAACAUGCUUCCAAUACACCGCCGUCUCAAGUCGGGUAACACUUUGGGUAUCGGCUCUGGAACAAAUUCACCAAAAGGCAGAUCUUCACCACGUCUCAGUUUAUCGCGAGAUCGCAGUCCAAGUCCACACCCUGUAAAGUUACAUCGUGAGGAUCAGAGAGUAUCUCUACGAGCCUUCCUGCGCACAAUUCUGCAAAAUCCUCAGAUUGCGGAAUCACGAUCAAUAGCGGAUUUCCUGAGCUUACAACCUGUCAAGUUGAAUGAGGAAGAAUUGGACGAUAUCGAUCGUCGCAAGGAGAUGGAUGCUAGGCGUGUGGAAGAACAACGCCGAUUUUAUGACAUAGCCCGGCAACGCGCAGCUGAGCUCGAUACCUACAUGGAGAAAUUCCGACGAGAUAUUGUUGAGAGUAACGGUCUCACCAAGCUCUUUUCCGAGAUCAAGACCAAAGAGAAAAUCGAAGACUUGAGCCCCGAGUAUCAGAAAUUCGCUGAAUGGUUGCGGAUAGAGGUUGCUGCGACCAUAUACCAUCUCUUCCUUGCGGAGGAUAAUUCUCCCGAAUUGUUUGCACAGGCAAAGCGUAUACAUUCCUUGGUCCCAUAUACGGUCUUGAAGAAUGUCAUACGCAUCGCCAAUCCGGCAGCAGUCAUGAGUGGUGUACUUGACUUGUUCCUCGCUCAGCCAUUCGGAACCAGAUCACUUCUCCAGAGGAUUUUCGCUCAAACCCUGGGAGACGGCAUACGACAAUUUCAGAAAUCCAUUGAUGACCUGGUCACCAAGAUUGGAGAUCCUAUUCUAACCAACAAGCUGAAAGCGUUUGUCGACAGCGAUGAAGAUACGAAGCUCAUCCUACGAACCGAGGCUGAGGAUGAACAGGUUGACGUCGUUGUGGCGAUUCUAAGAUCUGAAGCAUUCCAGCCUGACCUGAACGGUCCCCAAAUCCAACGUGUGUUUAAUGCCUACGUGGCAUGGAAUAGCGCGGUCGAAAAUGACGACGAAGAGCUCAAACAAGGUGCAGAGUUGUUCUCUCACCUGAAGCAGUUACUGAAAUUGAUGACUCGCCAACGGGACAAGGCGAUGAUGGCCAACAUGAUUGAGGAACCCACGACACUGCAACUCUUCCGAGACCUGUUUACCAUAUUCUACGAGCCCUUGAUUCGAGUAUACAAGUCUGCGAACGUCUACAACAGCAUUACGGACUUUGCUCAGUUCGUGGACGACGCCAUCAAGACUGUCGAAAUCGCUCAACGGCAAGACGUGUCGGCCGACCCGAAUCAGACGGUGCAGAGCUUUAUCGACCUGUGCGCCCGCCACGAACACAAUCUCUACAAGUUCAUUCACGAAGUACAUCUUCAUGACAACGGCCUCUUCACCGCACUCAUGGGCUGGAUCGAAGGCAUUCUCGAGUUCCUGCGCAAGGGACCCAAAGGCGGCAAGCUCGACAUGAACGCUAUAUUCCAGGGCGCGCUAGACGUCGGCAUGAUCAACAAGGAGAAAGCGAUCGCCGAGAUCAACUCCCUGAUCCAGUGGCAGGAGGCGCGCAAGAAAUGGCACAGUGACAAGACACGCCAAAAGAUGGCGGCGGAAGGAACGGGCGGCAAUACUGCAGAGGGCAUUCCUGGCCUGUCGGCGUUCAAGAGCAGCGACUUCGGACUGCACGAGACCGACCUCAUGGACCUGACGAUAUCAGACGAAGAAGACGACGCCGACAGCGAGGAGGAAGAAGCCGCCGACGAUCUCGACCCUAUUAGCGCGGAGCGGCGCCGCCGGAAAAAAGCACAGGAUCGCCUCCGUCGCAGUGCCGGCGAGCCCGUCAAGCCCGAGGUCUCGGAGGUCCUGAAAUUGAAAGAGGCGUUCCUCGCCAUGCUGAGAGCUGUGCUGAGCGAAUGA